GCUAUCCUCCUCCAUUCUCCGUCUAUUCAAAGUUGCUAGUUUCCCUUUCAAUUACUCUCUCUCUCCACUGCAAGGGGAGUUUUUAAUGGUUGCGUGAAGAAGAAGUUUGGUAUAUUGGUAGUGUUUUAUUGAUAUCGCUCAGUUUUUCUCGAAAUGGGCAAGAAAGAACAGAAACAGCUUAGAGAUCACAAGGGUAACGAAAGAGUUGAGGCUGUUCUCGAGCUUCUAAGGAAACAAGCUCCACUCACAGUGAAACAGGAGAAGUUCUGCAACAAUGCCUGUGUAGAGCGCUUUCUGAAAGCAAAAGGUGAUAAUGUGAAGAAGGCUGCUAAGCACCUGAGGGCUUGCCUCUCUUGGAGAGAGAGUAUAGGCACUGAGCAACUGAUAGCAGAUGAGUUCUCAGCUGAGCUCGCUGAAGGAGUUGCCUAUGUGGCUGGGCAUGAUGAAGAAUCCAGAGCUGUUGUGAUUUUUCGCAUUAAGCAAGAUUACCAGAAACUCCAUUCUCAGAAACUGUUUACUCGGCUGCUAGUUUUUACGCUUGAGGUGGCCAUAGGAUCCAUGGCCAAAAACGUUGAACAAUUUGUACUCCUCUUCGACGCAAGCUUUUUCAGAUCAGCAUCGUCUUUUAUGAACUUAUUACUGGCGACACUGAAAAUUGUGGCCGAGUACUAUCCAUGCAGGCUUUACAAGGCUUUCAUAGUAGACCCACCUUCCCUAUUUUCUUAUAUAUGGAAGGGUGUCCGUCCCUUUGUUGAGCUGUCAACGGUCACUAUGGUGGUAUCGUCGCUGGACUUUGAAGAAUCGUUGGAGUUCAGUGACUUCUCUUCCUACCCACGAGCCUCAUCCCUUCGAUUCGAUCCUUCGUCAAUCAAAUCAACGGCCAAGAUUGGAUCGUGUUCUUCCUCAAGAUUUUCCUUCACCGUGUCCCACCAUUUUGACUCGCUCAAACCUUGGUACCUAACCUUGACGGACACAUCGACAUCCAAAUUUGAACCUACCAGCCCCUAUCCUCUGGGCCCGGCUUUAAUCUCUCCUCUCAACGGUAGGUCUCUCUCCUUCGCAUCACCGGCUGCCAGAACGCCACUCAGCACUCUCAACGGUGGAAGCUACGGCAGACCCACCAAGAAAAAUCUGUUCCCAUCAACUCCGCUGCCACAGCGAGUCACCGCGAGUGAGCCCAUAAAAAUUUCCCACCCGCGGACCCCACGGCCAUCGUUCCUCCAAUCACCGGCCAUGUUUUUCAAGAAGGAGUGCCACGUCAACAGAAACGAAAAAUCUCGAGAGUCGUUCUUCCCAUUUUUGAAGUUCUAUAGGCGACCGUAUGAUGAGAUGAUUUACAGGUCAAAGAUGCGGCCCCCACUUGGUGGUCUCAUCUCCAUCGUCUCUCCGCAUCUCAAACGUCGACACAUGUCGGUAUCGCAACGGUUCUAAGUGAAAAGAAGCCCAUGCAAGCUGAAAGCAAGAGAGAGAGAGUACAUAGGAGUGUUUUUUUAGUAUUUUACUAUUACACUAACUAAAGUGUGAAAUGUCAAUGGCAGUGAAACAAGUGCUAAUAAUUGAUUAAUUAUUUGUUGAAAUGAUGCUUGAUUAAUUAAUUAAUUAAUUAGUAGAUGAUUCAUGGUUGUGCA